CGACGCUUUCUGUACUAUCGCGCUCUGAAAUCAAAGUUCAUCACAACAUGAACCAAGAGUAAUGGUCUACUUCUAGUUCGCGAUGCGGAAGUGAUGCCGCAGAAUUCCAAGUUGGCUAGCUUUCGACGGCGACUUUUUUGCAGCACCAGGAGUAUUUUAACUGUGUUCAGCACUUUCCGUCUGGCCCUCCUUUUCUGUAGUACUACGCGAUUUAAGUGGCCGGCAGCUAGCCAACUGUACAGGAAUUCGCAGAUCGCGACGUACAGGACUUACUUGACAAGACAUUCGAAGGAUACGUAAAUCUCUCAUAUGAAGCACAAGUAAGACAGAAAUAAGUCUUCUCGACGGUGCGCUCUCUCGCCCUGA